GGCGCCGCGGGGGCCAUGGUGUUCGGCGGCGUCGUGCCCUACAUCCCACAGUACCGGGACAUUCGGCGCACCCAGAACGCCGAGGGCUUCUCCACCUACGUCUGCCUGGUGCUGCUGGUCGCAAACAUUCUGCGCAUACUUUUUUGGUUUGGAAGGCGUUUUGAAUCCCCUCUUUUGUGGCAGAGCAUUAUCAUGAUCAUUACAAUGUUACUGAUGCUGAAACUGUGCACUGAAAUUCGUGUGUCCAAUGAGCUGAACGUGAAACGCCGCUCUUUUGCAGAUUUUGACUUGAACUAUUUUUGGCAUUGGAGCAAGUUUACAGACUACGUGCAGUGUGUCCUCACGUUCACUGGUGUGACUGGUUACAUCACUUACCUGUGGCUGGACUCCUCUCUCUUUGUGGAAACGCUGGGCUUCCUUGCAGUGUUCACUGAGGCCAUGCUGGGCGUCCCCCAGCUGUACCGCAACUACCAGAACAGAUCAACAGAAGGAAUGAGGAGCUGGUGCAACACUGCUGAAGGCAGUGGGAGUUCCCUGACACCUCUGAAGUCCAUUAUCGAAGUCCAGCUGGGAGUUCCAAGUAUCAAGAUGGUGCUGAUGUGGACCAGUGGGGACACGUUCAAGACUGUUUACUUCAUCCUGAAUCAGGCCCCUUUCCAGUUCUCCAUCUGUGGACUCCUGCAGGUAUUUGUGGACAUCGCUAUCCUGUUGCAGGUUUACUUGUACAGCCACUACCCUCAGAAGCCCGUGUCCCACACUGCACAUCCAGCCAGCACCAAGGCCCUGUGAGGAACUUGGCUGGGCAGGUUGCAGGUCAGCAGAGUCAGCCAUGGCAUCUCUUCUUCCACUUGUAAAUACUCCUGUGUGUUGCCAAGUUGAAAGCAGAAAUGAGAACAAGGAUGGAAAAUGCGGCUGCACGUCCAGCCUUGGAGGUUCUGUGUUAAAUAACUUGCUCUGUUUUCAGACUUAGCUGUACAGAACUGUUUCUUGGUGGGGGGAGGGACACUUUAUUUUUGCAUAUGUACCUAUGAGCCUUAUUAAUUCACAAAUGUUUGUAUAUAUAAUCACAAGGGCUGGAUGGUUUGUGUUUUUAAUGCUAUUUAAAAAUGUUACACCACAGAAAUUAUAGGAUAUUUUGUCUGAAACUUCUACCUAUUUAUAAAAUAUAAAGUCUGUAUAUUGGCAGGAGGUUUGUGGCAUAUACUAGCAUUCAGUAUCUCCAUGAUGGAGGAAGCAGUAUUGAAGAGCAAAUCCAGGAGCUUUCUCUUUUCCCUAUAAGGAUGUCUGGUGAGAGAAGGUGGGGGUGGGAGGCCCUGCAAAGAGGUGAGCAGCCAGAAAUGAGCCGACCACAGAUGCUGUAAAGCUAAAGGGUCAGCAGAUAUUCAUCCCUGCUGCAGGACACAUGGAGGAGAUGGUGGAGGGGGUCUGAUGGUGCUGGAGUCACGUCUAGAGCUGGCACAGCCAGUCAAACAUCCAGGCAAAAGGAGGAGCCAGCAGGUGAUUUCUGGGAACUUAGGUAUUCGUGCUUUGAAACUGUGGGGUGUGGGAAUAGCCUGCCCUGCACCUGGGGGCAGUGCUGCCCCUGCAGCUGUGCACAGGACACAGCUGGGAUGCAGGGUCUUUCCCAAACCGAGCGGCCAGCAGUGGGCAUUGCCAGUAUUGCCAAGCAAGUAUUUCUAGAUGUGAUUGAGCCACAGAGGUAGAAGCAGGUCCACUUUCAUUGGCUCAGAAAUGAAAAAGUUUGAGAUGGAGGAACAAGCUGAAUCCCCUGGAGUAGGACCAGCAUCUGACAACUUGAUUUGUUGAGGCUGAGAUUCGUGUUCAUGUUGUUCAAUGCCAAACAAGAGCCGGGUUAUGUUUUGGGGUGUUUCCUGCAUUGGCCCAACAAGGAAGGGGUCCAUGUUUUUCUUUUACUGUUGUGAACUGUUGGGCUCUUAAAGAAGAGGUUUUUCUCUUUUAGAAGAAUGAGCAGGCUGUACUGAGAGGGACUAAAAGAGCAGAGUUCAUGUAGAUGUUGACUCUAAAGGUCAUCAGCCAGCACAGGCCACCAUACUCUGUCUGUGACAUGCAGCCCUGGUGGUGUGCACCCGUGGGGCUGUGACCAAGCCCCUGGGCUCCUGUUGUGACACUGCUGUCAUGAACCUGCCCCGGGUGAUGUGAGGAGGCCAUAGCAAUGCCCUCGGUCCCAGCAACAGCUGUGCCUGUGCUGCUUCCUUCAUGAGGCUUCCUCCCUCUGCUGGGUGAGUCCUGUCUGGCCACAGCCAAGGUGUUGGACAGAUUUUUCAGAAGAAUUUUUUCUCUAAGAAUAGCCCAAGAGCUUCUGUUUUCUUAGCAGUGGCAGCAAGUAUGAGGUUUGAUGACUUCAGUGUGUAAGUCAGAUAAUUCCCCUACCGUGCUUUCUUUGAGAACCUCACGAUUUGAGUCUGGACUGUCUGGAUUGGUGGCAAACUGUCCAGUGGAGGGGAGUCACACCGUGCCCAGGCACUGACUCCCUGCUCUUUGUUCAAUACCAUACUCUUCUAGGCCUGAAGUGACCUUACAAAGACAAUGUACUCAGCAUGGCAGGCUAUGAAUGUUUUGUUCCUCUCUUUUCUCCAAUGUUCUGGUUGUGCUACAAGAACAUCUGGGCUUUUGUCUUUUUUAAUUGAAAACAUAACUGGCUUCUCCGGUAUGCUGCUUUAAUGAGGAUUGUAUUUCUACUGUUAGAAAACAAACACUUUGUUGUGUGUUUUAAUUGUCUGAAGGGUUUUUUUAAUAACUUGUAAUGGUAAGAUUUUUGUAUUUGGUGGUCUUUUUCUAAUAUUCUGCAAAACAGGGAUGCAAGAAAUUUCUGGUUCAUAAGAAACUUACUUUGGUAUGUUACAGCUUCACUGGGAGUGCACACUUUUGGCCACGUCUUUGGCUUUGAACUACAGAUAUUACUGAGGAUAAAACAAUUUCUGCUUUUUCCUUUUGGGAUUCUUCCUUGGGUGGAUUCUUGAGUCUGUCACCAGUACCUAAACCAGCGAGCUCUGCGGAUCAGUCUCAUUUACACCAGAGCAGCAAAUGCUGGAAGAGAAGCCAGUGAAACCAUGUCUAAGUCAUCUUUUGUAUGUGGCAUUUAGCAAGUAGGACUCUUGGCCAGGAACUCUAGAACUUCUUGCAAGGUACUUUAGGGACAAAGUGUUACAGAACUUUUGUUUUGUUCUCUAAUUGUCAGGAAGUAUCUGUUUCAAUGAUCACCUCAGAGAAUAAGAAAUCGCUUUCUUUAAAUACUUCUCUUUGAAUGUAUGGCACAUUUCACGGACUUGAUUUUUUCUGUCAGUUGCAAUGUUUUUUUUAAUAAAAAUUACCUAUUAUAUAUAAA